GGGAGAGAGAGGGAGACAGACAGAGAGAAGGGGAGAAAGAGAGCCCCGGACCCCACCUCAGCGCCUGCCUCUCAGCUAACCUUAACCCUAUCCCUUACCCUAACCCCAUCCCUUACCCUAACCCUAACCCUAACCCUAACCCUAACCCUAACCCUAUCCCUAACCCUAACCCUAACCCUAACCCCAUCCCUUACCCUUACGGACCCAGAACCCAACCCAGCGCUUCACCCAGGCAGUGAUUCCCGCACCCUCUCUUCCCCGGGGGGGGCUGGAGGACUGGGAGGAGGACCGGAGGGUUCUCUCUUCAGCGAUGAUCAUGGGGAGACCGGGGGGGACGGAAGCUGUCUUGGUCACCCUCAGUCGCAACAUCACGAUUGCAGGGAAGCUUUGGCUGGUGGUCCUGGUCCUGCUGCGCGCCCUCCCCCUGCUUUUGGCGGGAUUCCCGCUGUACUGGGACGAGGCGGAGCGUUUCGCCUGCAGCACGGUGCAGCCGGGGUGCGCUAACGCCUGCUACGACGCCUUCCGCCCGCUGUCCCCACUGCGCUUCUGGCCCCUGCAGCUGCUGGGACUCUGCCUGCCGCUCGCACUGUUCUGCACGCACGUCUCGCACCGCGCCCUGUCCUGCCCAGAGCCCCGCCCCCUGUCCCACCCGGAGCCCCGCCCCCAACCCCGCGACCCCGACGCCGCCCUCUGCAGCGGUCAUGUCUCGCACCAGGCCCUGCCCCGCCCCGGGCAGAGUGAGGGGCGGGGCGAGGGACGGGACUUCCCCUGCGCGUACCUGGUGCAGGUGCUGAUUCGGCUGGCGCUGGAGGCGGGGUUUGGGGCGGGGCAGUACCUCCUCUUUGGGCUGCGCGUCCCGCGGAGGCUGCUGUGUGGGGAGGCCCCCUGCACCUCCGCUGUGGAGUGCUUCCCCUCGCGGCCGACAGAGCAGACCUCCGCGCUCCGCCUCUCCCUGGGCCUCGCCGCCGCCUCCCUCCUGCUGAGCACCGCCGACCUCGCCUGCGCCCUGCGCCGCUGCGCGAGGAAGAGGAGGGACCGCGCGCCGGGGAGGAAGAGCGGGGUGGAGGAGGAGGAGGAAGACGAGGAGCGCUACCUCUCUCCCAGCAGCCUGAGAGCGGACCCGCCUCCCCCACAGACACAGGACCCGGCACAGAGGAGAGCCAGCCAAUCCAGGACCAGCAAAGCAGGCUCCGCCCCCCUGGAGACAGGAGGCGUGGCCGUGGGUUCCGCUGCUGGUUCUGAGGCGGAGACCGGGUCCAACACCAACACCAACAAUGCCCACCCGCAUCCCGAGACAGGAGGGGUGGGGCGAGACGGGGGAGGGGUGGGGCGGGACGGGGGAGGGGUGGGGCGAGACGUGGGAGGGGUGGGGUCAGGUCUGACCAGCCCUGGGGGAACUCCACGCCCCGCCCGGUCCUCCGAUCUGAGACCGCCUCCGUCCCCGCGGCCGGGACGACGCCCGGGGGGAGGGGUGGGGACCCCCACAACGGCCCGAGCACACAGGACAGGACAGCGCCCCCUGGUGGACACGCUGGACUCACGGUCAGAGAGCGGCGACUCAGAGAGGAGAGCCUGGGUGUGA